AUGAGAAUAUGCAAUCGAUUCUCUAACAGUCGCAGGAACCAACCCACGGCCAGUUGCAGUAUGCACCGGAAGCCAGUUAAAACAAACGCCGGCCAACGGAAAUCACUUAGCGACUCGGAAUUGCCGGAAGAUGUUGAAUUUUAUGAUGAACUUUUUCGUCGGGAUUUUGCUUUAGGUCAGGGGUCAAGAAAUAUGGCUGAAGAACCAGAUAUGUCUUCUCUGUCCCUGCGAGCGGCCGAACAGUCAAUGGAAUUUCCACUGAUCGAACUUUUGGAAAUCUACAGACGGCAACACGGCUUGGAGUGUCAGUCUUUAAAAAUACGACCGCAGGAACGAGACGGCAAUUGUUUCUUCCGGUGUCUGUCGGACCAUUUUACAGGACGGCCCGACAAUCACCUGGUUUUUCGCAAGUUGGUUGUAGAAUACCUGAAAAGUCUAUACAUUGACAGACACCCAGUACCACUACCCGAAAUAUCUGUCGAAGAACACGUGGAAUACAUGCUGCAACCAAACACUUGGGCUACAGAAUGUGAGAUUUAUGCUGCUGCACAUAUGUUUAAUCUCCGGAUUGACAUUUUGACGGGAGGCCGCGGUUCGCCUUAUAUGUGGGCCACAACCGUCCCGAUAGACGCUGACCCCAGCUCAGUCCUGAAAUGUCUUCGGCUUCUUCACCGUGACAGAGUACAUUUCGACCUUAUUCAAGAGGAAUGGUAA